AUGGGACCAAGAACACCAAUCAAGGUGACUCUUGUCGGCUCAGGCAAUUGGGGUUCAGCAAUUUCGCUGAUCGUUGGGAAAAAUGUGCAGAAGUACAAAGAUAUGUUUGAUCAUCAAGUACGCAUGUGGGUUUAUGAAGAGAUAAUCAAUGGGAUGAAACUUACGGAAGUAAUUAACACGCAACAUGAAAAUAUCAAAUAUCUGCCAGGCAAAAAGCUGCCACCAAACGUGGUAGCUAUACCGGACUUGCUGACAGCUUGCAAAGGCAGUGACAUACUCAUAUUUGUAAUCCCUCAUCAGUUUGUGGAAAAUGUUUGCAUACAGUUGAAGGGUCACCUAAAAGAAGGCGCGCUUGUAGUUUCACUCAUAAAGGGCUUCAUGAUUCAGAAAAAGAAAGGUGGGAUUCGUUUGGUUACUGAAGAGAUUCGCGAUUUGCUGGAUGUUGAUACAGCUGUUCUGAUGGGUGCGAAUUUGGCCACUGAAGUGGCAAAUGAAGAUUUUUGCGAGGCUACUAUUGGUUGUAAAGAUCAGAAAGACAGAUGGUCUAUACUGCAGAAAUUGUUUGAUAGUGACAAUUUCAAGAUUGCUCUAACGGAAGAUGCAAAUACUGUCGAAUUAUGUGGUGGUCUCAAAAAUAUUGUGGCAUGUGCCGCAGGCUUUGCUGAUGGCCUUGGUUAUGGAAGUAAUACAAAAUCAGCUAUUAUCCGACUGGGUCUUAUGGAAAUUACCAUCUUUGUCGAACUGUUUUAUCAUGGCUCGAACAUCCGGACAUUUUUUGAAAGUUGUGGUGUAGCUGAUCUUAUAGCAACGUGUAGUGCUGGCAGAAACCGUAAAAUAUGCGAAGCAUUCGUUAAAACGGGGAAAUCAAUUAAAGAAUUGGAACAGGAGAUGCUGAAUGGACAAAGUGCUCAAGGUCCUUUGACAGCUGAAGAAGUUUAUCUUAUGUUGAAGAAGCACAACAUGGUUUCAAGAUUUCCAUUGUUCUCAGCUGUGCACCAGAUAUGCCAAGGACAUAUUUCUCCAGAUCAUCUGGUAGCUCACCUUCGUGAAUCCCAAAACUCGAAUUGA